AUGUCGCUGGUCCAGAUCUCCUCGAAGGAGCAAUUCAGCUCCCUUCUCACCUCCUCCACCAUCGUUGUAUCAGACUUCUACGCGGACUGGUGCGGACCAUGCAAAGCUAUCGCCCCCGUCUACGAACAGCUGGCUAGACAGCUGUCGCGCCCGGGCAGGAUCACUUUUACCAAGGUCAACGUGGAUCACCAGCAGGAUAUUGCGAAGACAUAUGGCGUCACCGCGAUGCCAACCUUUAUCGUUUUCGAAAAAGGCCGUCCCACAUCGACCGUCCGCGGCGCUGACCCUAAAAAGCUCAACGAAGUCGUCCAGAAACUGGCAUCGGAAGCAAGCAAAACAGAACCAUCUGGAGGCGAGGCAUCCGGGGAGUCCAGCGCAGGGAACUGGAUCGGGGCUGCCAUCGCCAAGGGAUAUGGUGACAUUACGGACCAGUACGAUCCCAAGGGCCUGGAACUGUUGAACCGGGACAGCGAAUUCGGCACGGCCAGGACAUUGUUCGAGCCAUCCAAGCCGUCGGCGUUGAGUAACAAUGGCAAGGGCAAGGCGGGAAGCGCAGACUGGGUUGAGAGUGACACCGACGAGCAGUUGAUGCUCUUUAUUCCCUUCCAGUCCUCGCUCAAGGUGCAGUCGCUACAUGUGACUUCUUUGCCUCCCUCGUCCAGCGACGACGACGAUGAUGAGCUCCCCAUGCGACCCAAGACUUUGCACCUUUACACCAACCGCUCCCAUGUGCUGGGAUUCGACGAGGCAGAGGACAUCCCGGCUGUGCAGACGGUGACCAUCCAGCCCGAGGACUGGGAUUCCAAGACGGGCACAGCCAAGGUUGAUCUGCGUUUUGUCAAGUUCCAGAACGUUACGUCGCUGGUUGUGUUCUUUGUGGACGGCGACGGCGACAGUGACAAGUUGCGGGUGGACAGAAUUCGCAUUCUGGGAGAAGCUGGCGAGAAGAGAGAAAUGGGCAAGUUGGAGAAGAUUGGUGACGAGCAGGGCGAAUAG